AUGGCCUUAGAGGAUCGCUGCAGUCCACAAUCAGCACCGAGUCCACCAGGUUUACCGCAGUCCCCACAUUAUCAAACCGGCGCUACAAUACUUGAUAUGAGCUUGCAUCAACCCGUUACACAGAGUCCAACACAUACAACCAACAUGUUACCACAUCCCGCCGCAAGCCUCUAUCAACAACAACAACUACAACAUUUGCAUCACCUACAACAAUUACAACAACUACAUCAACAACAAUUGGCAAAUGCCGCAGGCGUAGCCUUUCAACAUCCAGGCUUCGAAGCGGCUAACCAUGCGGCAGCGUUACAACAACGUCUUGCCGCUUCACCUGGCGGUCAUUCAGCAGCUUCCACACCCACCUCAACUGUUACAAUCAAAGAAGAAGAAAGUGAUUCUAUAAUGGGUGACAGCUUUAAUGGUGAACAUGAACAUAUGUUAAAUACCGCCGGCACUGCAACCGAAGAUGAGGAUGAUGACAUUGAUGUGGAUGAUGUUGAUGAUAUGCAUACAAAUGCUAACGCUGCCCGACUACCACCGCCGGCACAUCAACAAUCCGUGAAACCAACUUUGGCUUUUUCGAUUUCCAAUAUUUUAAGUGAUCGUUUUGGCGGCACUGAGGGUGCCAAAUUGUUGCCAAAACAGACGAAUCUCAACAGUUCGAGUAUCUUUCGACCCUUUGAAGCUGCACGCGCCGCUACAGCUACACCUUCCGCCUUUACACGUGUCGAUCUAUUGGAAUUUAGUCGACAGCAGCAAGCAGCAGCUGCUGCUGCCACCGCAGCUAUGAUGAUUGAACGUGCUAAUUUCUUGAAUUGCUUUAAUCCUGCUGCCUAUCCUCGCAUACAUGAAGAAAUUGUGAAUAGUCGUAUGCGUCGUAACGGUGUCAUUCCUCCAAACAGCGGUAAGAAUAUUGAGCCAAAUAUGGAGAAAUCAGCUUUGGGUUCACUUUGUAAGGCCGUCUCACAAAUUGGUCAAUCUGUGCCCACUCCAGCUACAUCUGCAAAUUCCAAUGUAUCCGCUGCUACAACAUGUAUAUCCAGUCCGCCACCUGCAUCGAAUGCUUCAACUAUCUCAACUGCUUCAUCAAGUACUUCCGCUGUUAGUUCCUUGAACUCAUCGCCUACAAGUCGUUUGCCAAGCAAAAGUAGCAGUCCACAACCUAUACCACCGCCAUCGGCUGUUAGUCGAGAUUCUGGCAUGGAGUCAUCAGAUGACACACGCUCUGAGACUGGUUCGACUACAACAGAAGGUGGCAAAAAUGAAAUGUGGCCAGCGUGGGUGUACUGCACGCGUUACAGUGAUCGGCCAAGUUCUGGACCCCGUUACCGACGCCCCAAGCAACCAAAAGACAAAAAUAAUGAUGAAAAACGACCGCGUACCGCCUUCUCCAGUGAACAAUUAGCGCGUUUAAAACGUGAGUUCAAUGAAAAUCGUUACCUCACCGAGCGUCGACGCCAACAGUUGAGCUCAGAAUUGGGCUUGAAUGAAGCGCAAAUAAAAAUUUGGUUCCAGAACAAACGUGCUAAAAUUAAAAAAUCCACAGGAUCAAAGAAUCCUUUAGCAUUACAAUUGAUGGCACAGGGUCUAUACAAUCACACUACUGUACCACUGACAAAGGAAGAAGAAGAGCUGGAAAUGCGUAUGAAUGGACAAAUUCCUUAAGGUGUGAAGAAUAUAAAUGGGUGGUUCCAGUAAGCUUCCAGCUUUUCGCGUUAUACUGCGGAGCAACAUUUUUGUGCAAUAAAUAAUUGAAGAAAAAAAGUAUUUUUUUUUUUUUGAAAAG